ACUACCACCACUACGUCUGUGACAUGAACUACCACCACAACGUCUCCUACAUCCACUACCACCACAACGUCUGUUACAUCCACUACAAGCACAACGUCUGUUACAUCCACUACCACAACGUCUGUUACAUCCACUACCGCCACUACGUUUCUUACAUCCACUACCACCACCACGUCUGUUACAGCCACUACCACCACAACGCCUAUUACAUCCUCUACCACCACAACUACCAUCACUACGUCUGUUACAUCCACUACAACCACAACGUCUGUUACAUCAACUACCACCACUACGUCUGAGACAUCAACUACCACCACUACGCCACUACCACCACAACGCCUGUUACAUCCUCUACCGCCACAACCCACUACCACCACAACGCCUGUUACAUCCUCUACCACCACAACGUCUGUUAUAUCCACUACCGCCACAACGUCUACUACGUCUGUUACAUCCACUACCACCACUACGUCUGUUACAUCCACUACUACAUCUGUUACAUCCACUACAACCACAACGUCUGUUACAUCAACUACCACCACUACGUCUGUGACAUCAAGUACCACCACUACGUCUGCUACAUCCACUACCACCACAACGUUUGUUACAUCCACUAUCGCUACUACGUUUGUUACAUCCACUACCACCACCACGUCUGUUACAGCCACUACCACCACAACGCCUACAUCCACUACCACCACUACGUCUGUUACAUCUACUACCACCACUACGUCUGUUAUAUCAACUACCACCACUACGUCUGUUACAUCCACU